UUUGCGCACAUGCUUCCACGUAGUGACAGGCGGGGAAAUAACAUAACCUUCGGUACGUCUGUAAAUAUUUAGUUAUUAUAAAUUUUAAUCAGUUUAUGGAUUAAAUCAUUAAGAUAAUCAAAUAAUAAAUAAUACAACAUGGUGUCUGUUCUAAAUACUGUUGAUACAAAUCACGAAGAUAUGAUCCAUGAUGCUGAAAUGGAUUAUUAUGGUUUGAGGUUAGCAACAUGUUCAAGUGACAAUUCUGUAAAGAUUUUUGACUUAAAAAAUGGAUCGCAGAGUUUAGUUGCAGAUCUUAAAGGACACGUAGGUCCAGUGUGGCAAGUUGCUUGGGCACAUCCCAAAUUUGGAAACAUUCUAGCUUCAUGUAGUUAUGAUCGAAAAGUUAUUAUCUGGAAAGAACUUGGUGAAUGGAUAAAAAUCUAUGAACAUACAGGACAUGAUUCUUCAGUCAAUUCAGUUGCUUGGGCACCACACGAAUUUGGUUUGAUUUUAGCCUGUGGUAGUUCAGAUGGUUCCAUUUCUAUACUUACUAAUAAUGCCGAUACCUGGGAUACACAAAAAAUAACAAAUGCACAUACUAUUGGAUGUAAUGCAGUAAGUUGGUGCCCUGCAAUAGAUACUAGUUUUGAUUCAAAUAAUAUUCAACAAAAAACUGGUCCAGUAAAAAGAUUAGCUACUGGAGGUUGCGAUAAUUUAGUAAAGAUAUGGAAAGAAGAAGGUGAUAGAUGGAUAGAAGAAAAUAAACUAGAAGCUCACAGUGACUGGGUACGUGAUGUUGAAUGGGCCCCAGCAGUUGGACCUUCUAGAGCUACCUUAGCUUCAUGUUCUCAAGAUCGUCGUGUAGUUAUAUGGACAUCAAACGAUUACUUGAAUUGGACAUCAAAUGUUCUUAAUAUUUUUGAUGAUGUAAUUUGGAAUGUUAGUUGGUCUCUGACAGGUGGUAUUUUAGCAGUUAGUGGUGGAGAUAAUAAAGUUUCUCUUUGGCGUGAAAAUUCAGAAGGUCAAUGGGCAUGUAUCUCUGAAUUAAACAAAGGUCAAGGCAAUCUCAAUAAUACAGAUCAACGUACUUUGUAAUUUAAUUAGUAAAAUAUAUAUUUUAUAUAAGUAUAUAUGUUAA